AUGACAAGCAUUGAAGCGCUAGAAUGGGGUGCUGACCGUUCUAAGCAGGCUACUGAGACUCAUUCCCAACCCAGUCUGCAGAUGCUACAGACCUCGAGUCAAGUCCCUCUCUUCAAGGCGAGGACAACCAUUCCUCGACCGCUUUCUGAAGCAACUGAAAUAUUGGAUACGGAUUUCGAAUCGGAAUUUGAAGACGAGGAACUUGGUGACUCCCCGAGGAGGAGUGUUGGUUCUCUUGGUGCAGACAGUGUCACUACUGCAUCGACGCCGAGAGACGUUCCAACUCCUGACUCCGCGGGCCUAACCGCUUUCAACUUCCAUUUGGAUGAGAAGCCAGUCAAGGGACCUGUUGGACCACACCUGUUCCGGGCAUCCGUCGACUCUUCUGAUCUGAAGUCAUCCCUCGAGGUUGAUUUCGUCCUCGCUAAAACUCCCACUACUGCAACAUUCUUCGAUUCUGCUUCGAAACUGGAGCCUGAGAGGAAGGAUACCCCAUUGCCUGGUUACGUUGCGGACGAGACUCCACAGACACAGACAGAGCUCAAAUCAAUCAACAAGGAAGUUUCACAGCUUGACGAAGCCGAAGUCAGGAACUGGUCGCCACAAGAUGUCGUCACAUGGAUGCAAAAUGCUGGCUUUGAUGAUAGUAUCGUUGAGAAGUUUUUUAUCAACGACAUCUCAGGAGCGAUUCUCCUUGAACUCCAAGCAGAGGACCUGAAGGAGCUGGAUAUCCAUUCAUUCGGAAAACGCCAUCGUUUGAUGAACUCGAUUCAACAGCUUCGAAACAGCGUCAUGUCGUCUUCGGGCGACUCGCAAACGCCAGUACCAAAUGCACCCAACCGGGAUAAGAGUUCCGUUCCACAAGCAGCCAAGACAACUACGAGUAGUGAUGACACCUCGUCAAACAGCGAGGAAGAGAGGAAGGAGUCGAGGUCGAAAAAGCAUCAUCGACGUCGGCGCCGUGAGCACCGUCACCACCGACAUGAUCACGAGGACAUUGGCCCAGGUGACUCCGCGUCGAUCGUAGCGAUUGAGCAAAUAUUGCCCAAAAUCCACCGGUGCUCCAAAGGCGAAAACUGCCGGAAGUGGCAGAAGCAACAACGCAGGCUGGCGCGCCUGGCUAAAGAUUUGCCUAUCGACACCAUUACUGGCUCGACCAUCCUCACAGGCGACCCGGGAAACCCUGACACUGCACCAAACCUCCUCCAUGCUUCCAAGUCAGAAAAGCCAGAAUUGUCGCCUUCUGUUGUUGCUUCGUCUGACGUGCUCGGACCUGGUCAGACCCCAAAUGUCCGGUUGUGUGAGGAGAAGCUCAACGAAGUCCAACCGCGAGACCCUCAGGAGAAUGUCCGCCAAUUUCUCAACUUCCAACAUUUGAGCCGGUUACAGCCAGUCAAUGAUCCUGCAACUCCUCCAAGAGAGAUGUUUCCCUCGCCAGGAUCGGACUCCCCCGAUUCAGUCAAAACUAGCGCGUCUCUGGCCGAGAAUCUUCGCCAUCUCCCGAAACUGACUAUUCCAAACACACAAUCGUCCGUCACAGCUGCCAAUCUAUCUGCCAAUGUCUCCGCCCAGCGCACAGUUACACCGUCCAUUCUGCAGAAAAAGCCCAAUUUCACCCAGCCAAGUGGGCAUCAAGGUGGGGAGCAGGCACCGUUCACAUACGGACAAGACAUGUCUCCUGCAGACUUCUAUCGUUCUCCAUCCGAUUUUUAUCGUUCUCAUGAGCUUUAUCGCCAGGAGACUCCCUUCUCGGAGGUGGAUGUUCCUGUGACCGCCAUCCCUGCUGGCCCGAUUCCACGCGAAGUUUCGCAGUCGGUUCCUCCGAACAUGCGGUUUGGCCACGAUUAUCGUGCAAUGGCAGAUCCCAUUACUCGUCCGGCAUCUACCAAGGCAGAAAAUCAUCGCAGACGUCCAUCCCUGAAUGUAUGCAAUGGCCAGCCCCUUGAGCGCGUCGAUGAAGGUCAGGUUGCACCCAUAGAGACACCGGAGGAUCUCCAGACGACGCCACGCGCCUCGAGUGGACCUCGAACCCCGAACGACAUUCAACACAGUGGCUGGAUGAAGAAGCGUAAGACAACCCGCUUGCUGCGCCAUGAGUGGGAGGAGCAUCACUUCACUCUUCGGGGCACCCAGCUCGCCAUGUAUGAAGACGAGCAAGCAGCUCGUCGUGACUCGAAAGCGCUCGAAUAUAUCGAUGUCGACGACUACGCAGUUGCCUGUUCAUCGUUCGCUUCGCGCUCCAAGUUGACUGCAGCAUUCAAGAAGACUGUUCUCAAGCGCAAGGACACUGCUCAGGACGAGGCGGCGUUUGCGUUUUCGUUGAUCCCUACAUCAAACAGCAACAGUUCAUCCAUUGUCGACCGCAAAGCAUUCUUCUUGAACAACAACAAAGCACACCACUUUGCCGUCAAGACGAGAGAUGAGCGGAUUGACUGGAUGCGAGAGUUGAUGCUUGCCAAGGCACUCAAGCGAGGUAAAGAGAGCGGCGACGCGGUUAAAGUCAACGGAAAUGUCAUCUAG